AUUGAUAAAAAAUUAUCAAAAAUUCGAGUUGGAAGUAAAGUUGAAGGAAAACUAUGAAAUUAUUGUAAUUUUAGAGUAAAAAUAAUUUAUUCUAGUUAAUCAUUAACGUUUUAGUGUUCCAAUUCAUCACUAAUCAAGAUGUUGUACCUGGAAGAUUACCUGGAACUGGUUGAACAUCUUCCCCAAGAAACUUGCGAUCGACUCACCGAAAUGAGAGAACUCGAUUUACAAGUUCAAAAUGCCUUGGAUAGUAUUGACAAACGUACCGCUAGAUUUUUCCAAAGUGCUUACCACAUGCAACCGAACGAGAUGGAAGGAGAACAUGUAAAUAUAUUGAAAGAAUAUAAAAGAAUUAUCGAAGAUUCAGAAGAGAAGGUUCAAUUAGCAAAUUCAAUGGCUGAUUCGAUGGCUAAAUACAUGCGAAGAUUGGAUCAAGACUUGCUAAAGUUUAAAAUGGAACUCGAGGCUGACAACUGUGGUAUUACCGAGAUAAUUGAGAAAAGAUUGGAAGAACCCGAAGAAGCUUUGCAACCUGUUGUCAUAUCUACAACAGCUGGUCAACGAGGAACUAGACGACAAUCGUAUCAGCCUUACAAUGACACGAACAAUAAACAUUUGAUCACGUCUCAACUGGAAAAUAGAAGACAAGACGUAAUAAAUUCGGUUGAGAACAGAUUAUCUCGGUUAUCAUUACCAACGAAUAAUCCGUCCCAUUCUCAAGUCAUGUUUAACGUUGAACAAAUGGGUGCUGGAGGUUCAGCCAUAGCUGCCGCAGCAUCGCAGGCUAUCGCUGCCACUCAACAAAUGCAACAAGGCAGAAGAACGGCGAGUUUGAAAGCUUCGUACGAAGCGAUUAAUUCGGGUUCGGCUGGUUUCUCGAGGACGACCGAUAUUAGUUCCAUAAAUAGAGAACUCUCCGGUGCUGCUCAAACAGCCAUUGCUGCAGCUCAACAAUCUCAUAAGCAACGAAAUCGCCGAAGAGGUAGACAACCAUCUCAAAUUGCCGCCGAGGCGGCUAUCAUUGAACCGGUGGCUGGUACGUCUUCGGAUAUGACUGAUGAUUCUAGCGCCAUGGAUGCAGAUCCUGAUGAACAACGUUAUUGCAUUUGUAACGAGGUUGCUUUCGGCGAUAUGGUCGCCUGUGAUAAUAAAAACUGCCCUUACGAAUGGUACCAUUAUCCUUGUGUCGGUAUCACCGAUACACCAAAAGGCAAGUGGUAUUGUCCGCAGUGUAGUGCGACGAUGAAGAGAAGAAAUCGCAAAUCUCUCUGAAAAUACGGACUGAUUUAACUUAUGAGAUUCUUACACUUCAUCAAGCUCAAUUCUACGUUAUAUCAACUGCCGAAAUAAAGUAUUUUUAUACCUAAAUGCGUGUGUUCGUGGUUCAAGAGUGUCUCGCAUUCUGGAGUAGAAUUUAACGCUGCUAUGUUUAGGGUUCAACUGCGAUUAAAUAUGAUUUUUUAUUCACUCGUAUCAUUUUGCAGAUCUCAUUACGUUGUUUGUAAUUAAUGUUACGUAUUUCGGAGAUGCAAUAAAUUUUUUUAAAUCGCUCGAACAAAA